AUGGUUGAAGGACCUGUUGUUUGCUUGGUCGGGGCCACAGGCCUCGUUGGGUCCGCGCUCCUCACCACCUUCCUCGAUGCCGUCACCUCGCACCGUAUCGGCACCCUCCGCAUCCUCACCUCUUCGCCCGACUCGGUCAAACUCGUUCCAGCGCGCUCACAUCCCUCUGGCCGCGUCGAGAUCCAUCAGAUCGCCUAUGUGAUUCCCGACACGCUCGACAAGGCUUUGAAAGGAGCCGAAGUGCUGGUGAGCGCGAUGGGAGCGAGCGAGAACGGGCAGGGCAAGUACGAGGAGAACAAGCAGAAACUCCUGGACGCGGCUGUCAAGGCCGGUGUCAAGAUCUACGUCCCGUCAGAGUUUGGGACGGACCAUACGAAGCCUCCUCUGCAGGAGUACGUCCAGUCGCCCAUGUUUGCGAACAAACAACACCACCAUCGCGAAGCGGAAGAACGCGGUUUGCAAGUGCUCGCUUUCUACAACGCCUUGAUCAUGGAGAUCAGCUUCUCCGACUGGUUGGGCAUCUCGACUUCUUCGCCCGACACGAAGUGGACGAUCCCUCGACCUUCGCAUCCAGUCGCCUUCACUUCCCUCCGCGACCUCGGCCCUUUCGUCCUCUCCGCCAUCCUGCAGACCCACUCCUCCUCCGCCACCCCAAGCGACGUCUCCGCGCCCAUCCCUUCGGGCGUACGGAUCUACUCGGACCUCAAGACGUUGGAUGAGGCGGCGGACAUCUGGGAGCGAGUUGCAGGCGGGAAAAUCGAGCGCGCGUACAUCGAGACAGAGGGCUUGAAGCAGAAGUACGAGGAUAUCAAGCCGACGCUGGCGCCGGGAAUGCUGGGUCCUGCCAUUCCGCUGAUGAUCUCGCUCGGCGGCUUUGACUACACCAACGACAACGCGAAUGCGCUGCUCAACACAGGCGACUUCAGCUUCGAGCCGCGGACGAUCGAGGACUUUCUGUCGGAAAAGGCGAAGGAGGUCAAGAAGGCGCUGGCGUGA